CCCGGGGCUGGCAGCUUCCCGUGGAAUAGCGUGGUGGGUGCUCUCGAUAACCCCUUAGGAAAGUCCUAGCUUGCACCCAUCUUCCAGCUGAGGAGACGCAGCCACCUCGGAGAGUAAAUGACCGUCCAGGGCCACCAGGUGUGGACACCGAGGCUGCUUGGGGGCGCCGGCAGCGCCAGGGGCUGCAGUGAGCCCUCCGCCCCGGAGACCAUGCUGUCCCGGCCGCUCCCGCCGCUGCUGCUGCUGCUGCUGCUGGCCCUGCCCCCCGCCGCGCGCCCCGCGCCCCCGACCUGCUACUCCAGGAUGCUGGGCCUGAGCCGGGAGAUCACGGGCGCCUUCCAGAGCCUGCAGGCCACCGAGCCCCGGGAGCCGUGCGUGAGAUACCUGCCCAGGCUGUACCUGGACAUACAUAACUACUGUGUGCUGGCCAGGCUGCGGGACUUCGCGGCCUCGCCCCAGUGUUGGAAAGUUGCCCAGGUGGACGCUCUGAAAGACAAGGUGCGGAAACUGUACAUCAUUAUGAACUCCUUCUGCAGGCGGGAUUUGGUGUUCUUGUCAGAUGACUGCAAUGCCUUGGAAUACCCGGUCCCGUCGACCAUGGUCCUGCCAGAUGGUCAGAACUAAGGUAGCCCAGACCAGAGAAGGAACACAAGGGGACUGCAGUUGUAUCAGCUGCCUAGGCUCAACGGGCUAAAGCCACAGCCCCACAGGUCUCUCUGUUACUGUAGUAUCUGAAACUGUCACAUGUCUCUGUCUUCUGGAAAGCAGAGCUGGUGCUCCUACCUAGGAACCUAACUUUGAGCAUAGAGUUAGAAGCCUCAUUUUGACCUUCCCCCAGAAUGAUUAUAUACACAAGCCGUGUUUAUUUGAUCAGUAAGAAGAAAAUGGCUAAUGGGCUUCUCUUUUAGAACAGCUAGCUUGAGAACAAGCAAAACUGUGUGUUUUUAUUACUGCUUUAAUGGAGUGGUGAUACCAUUUUUCUUUCUUGAUAGGAGCCUGCUGAAAUUUAACCAAGUUUCUAUUUUAUACUUUUCCCACUGCAAGCUUUCAUUACAGUUACCUUUCAUUUUUAAAGAAAUGAUACUGCUUUUUAGGAUAUAUUUGCAACAUCAUUAAAUAGUGUUGACAGGAGCCACUCUUUCAUUGAAAGGUGAUGAAAAUAAAGAAUACAU